AUGAAGUUCAGCGCCAUUGUCUCUCUUCUUUGCAUCGCUGUCGCCCCGGUCAUGGCCGCGGAAGAUGUCACCACCUCCGUGACGACCACGACCAUCACCAACACCCUGAUCCGCGUCAACUCGGUCACUGCAACCCCCAGUUCCAGCGCAAGCGUGAUGACCGUCUCGGCGAAGUCUACUCCUCUGGUCACCUCUUCUGCCACCCCGUCCUCGACCCAGGCUGCUGCCUCCGCCACCAAGACUGGCGGCGCCGUUGCUCUCGGCGCUGGCAUGCCAGCGGCUCUGGUCGCAGGAUCUUUCGCGCUGAUUAUGGGCGCGGCCCUGUAA